UUCAAACAUAAAUCUACCCGCCUUUCAACUUGAACAAAAUUUGAGUAGUCUCCAAAACCCUUUGCGCUUGUAUUCUCCACACACUAGUUCUCUCUAAAACCCUCUUCUCUUGUGUGUAGAAUACACAGAUACUUGUGAGGAUCAAGAAUGACUAGAGGCUCCAAGAGAGAUUUGCCUAAGACUAUUUCGCCCCCACCUUCUCCCAAGAAAGCUAAGGCCGAAGAAGAAGAAGAUGAAGAAUGUUGUUUUUCCGGCGACCCAGUUCCGGCCGAUGAAGCUCUCCGACGGUGGCCUCAACGGUAUCGUUCAAAGAUUAAAGGAAAAGAUGGUGGGUCAUCUGUUACUUUAAAAGAAAGUGAAACUGAGGUUUUACAAGCUAAAUGUCACUAUAAGCAAGCAAUUGUUGAUGGCAUUGUUUAUAAUCUUAACGAUGAUGUUUAUAUUCAAGCUGAAGAUGGAAAGCCCAAUUAUAUUGGGAAGAUUGUAGAGUUCUUUGAAACCAUUAAAAAUGAGUUCUACUUUACAGCUCAGUGGUUUUUCCGACCCGAGGACACAAUGAUAAAGAAUAAAUCUGAUCUUAUUCACAAAAAAAGAGUAUUUUUCUCUGAAGCUAAAGAUGACAAUCUAUUGGAUAGCAUCAUACAGAAAGUGAAAAUUGCCCAGCUUUCUUCAGAUUUUGAGCCAGCUGUUAAGGAAAAGCUGAUAUCAUCCUCUGAUUUGUACUGCGAUAUGGGAUAUUCUGAGCAGUUCUUUACAUUUAAAAGAAUAAAUGCAGGGGUUUCAAAGGUCAGUGUUAAAGCAUCAUCACCAGUUUCAAGAGAAAUUGAUGUGGUUAGUAAAGUUCAUGAAAAGCCUAUUAAGGUUCAAGAAGCAAGUAUGAAAGUGUUAGAUUUGUACUCUGGUUGUGGUGCAAUGUCUACAGGACUCUGCUUAGGUGCACAAUUGUCUGGACAGAGACUUGUAAAUAGAUGGGCAGUUGAUAUAAAUAUUCAUGCAUGCGAAAGUCUAAGGAAAAAUCAUCCGGAGACAAAGGUUCGAAAUGAAGCAGCUGAAGACUUUUUAUGCUUAUUGAAGGAAUGGAAAAAGCUAUGCAUUGAGUUUGGAGUCUUAGGCUCCAAACAAAAUGAAGAUGAGAGUUCUGAAGUUAUUAGCUCAGAAUGUGAUGAAGAUGAAAGUAACUGUAAUAAGUCCUCAGUAUCUCGUGGGGAAUUUGAAGUGCAGAGGCUACUAAAUAUAUGCUAUGGGGAUCCAAAUAAGGUCCAAAAACCGGGAUUGUAUUUUCAGGUGCGCUGGAAGGGUUAUGGGCCUAGCGACGACACUUGGGAGCCAAUUGAUGGUUUAGGAAAUUGCAAAGAGCGUAUAAAGGAAUUUGUAUCUUCUGGGUACAAGUCAAUGAUACUUCCGCUACCUGGUGAUGUUGACCUUAUAUGUGGAGGUCCGCCUUGCCAAGGUGUUAGUGGUUUUAACCGAUUUAGAAACCGAGUGGAUCCUUUAGAGGAUGAGAAGAACAAACAACUCAUUGUGUAUAUGGAUAUUGUGGAAUACCUACGGCCAAGACACAUAUUAAUGGAAAAUGUAGUCGACCUUGUUAAACUUGCUGGUGGAGCUUUAGCUUGCUAUGCAAUUGCACGUCUAGUUUCCAGUAACUAUCAAGCUCGUCUAGGGAUCAUGGCUGCUGGUUCAUACGGCGUACCUCAGUGCAGAAUGAGAAUUUUUCUCUGGGGGGCUGAUAUUGGGGAGGUUUUACCUCAAUUUCCUUUGCCAACACACAAGGUUGAUGGGGAAGGGAUUACUCCGAAUGAAUUUAAGGAAAUCAUUGUUGGGAGAGAUAAUGAGCUGCCUUGCAAUUUGGAAAGAAGCAACUUUCUUGGGGAUGCCAUUUCAGAUUUGCCAGAGGUCACAAAUUAUGAAGAUCGUGAUGCAAGGGAGUAUGGCACUGUUCCUUGUACUGAUUAUCAGAAGCUUAUAAGAUUGGGGAAGCAAGAUUUGUUUUGUUUUGAGAAUGCUGUGAAGAAUUGUUCGCAAAAGAAAAUGUUGUAUGACCACAUACCUCUUAAGUUGAAUGAUGAUGACUAUACAAGAGUAUGCCUGAUUCCCAAAAAAAAGGGAGCAAACUUCAGAGAUAUGCCUGGGGUCCUAGUUGGCAAAAAUAAGAAAGUUGAAUGGGAUCCCUCAGUCCCUCGAGAGUAUUUACCUUCUGGGAAUCCUGUGGUGCCUGACUAUGCUAUGACAUUUAAAGGUGGAAGAUCAAAAAAGCCUUUUGCUCGAUUGGCUAUGGAUGAAAUUGUUUCAACUGUUGUAGCAAGGGCCCAGCCGCAUAAUCGGGCUAUGCUUCAUCCUAAGCAAGACAGAGUUUUAACUAUCCGUGAGAAUGCGCGACUGCAGGGAUUUCCCGACUGCUACAAGUUAUAUGGCCCAGUUAAAGAGAGGUACACACAGGUUGGCAAUGCGGUUGCGUUUUCUGUAUCAAUUGCCAUGGGAUAUACUCUUGGCAAAGCAAUCGAAGGAGUUGACAGCAGUGAACCAUUGAAACUUCCAUUCAAGUUUCCGGAUUGUCUUGGCCAGCUAUCAACUCUAAACAAAAAGAAACUAGAAAGAUCUAUUUAGUUAUAUAUGACUUGCUUCAUCUCUACCUUUCAUUUUAAAGUGAUUUGUCUGCAGAUUUUGUUUACUAGUACAUAUAUGUCAUAUGAAUCUGAGACAGAGGAAUUACUAUCUCCUUCCAUAACUUGCUCAUUUUAAAAUAUUAAGGAAAUCCGGCAAUUGCAUUA